GACCAAAAGACUCAUUGUGGAUGUGAUACGAACACAGCCAGGGGAUACGCUCUUAGAAAUAUUAGAAACACCAGCCACUGUGCAACAGGAAUCUGAGCACCUGAAACUUGCAGAAAAGCGUGCCAUCUUAAAUUCCAAAACUCCAGAGAAAAUGAAGCACAGUCAGUCUAUUUUCGAAGAUGGACAGCUACCAAUAGAACAAAAGAAAAGGAAAAUUCAGAGAAAUCUCCGGACAUUGGAACAAGCAGGACUAGUGUCUUCAUCAACUAAGUACCAAGAAAUUAUAAAUGAGAUCGCUAAGGAUAUCCGGAAUCAAAGAAGAUACAGACAUCACCGAAAAGCUGAAUUGGUGAAACUCCAGCAGACUUUGAAUGCACUUAACUCCAAGACAGCAUUUUAUGAAGAACAAAUUAAUUAUUACAACACCUACAUAAAAACUUGCUUAGACAACUUAACAAGAAAAAAUUCACGGAGGUCAAUUAAAGUAGAUGGGAAAGAAGAGGUGAAGGGAAGCAAAAAACUGAAGCAGACCUCAUUAAAGUACACAGCUGCAAGACUGCAUGAAAAAGGCGUCAUCUUAGAAAUUGAAGAUCUUCAAACCAACCAGUUUAAGAACGUGAUGUUUGAUAUCACACCUGGAGAAGAAGUGGGUGACUUUGAAAUCAAAGCAAAAUUUUUGGGGGUUGAGAUGGAAAAAGUGCAGCUCCAUUUCCAGGAUUUGCUUCAGAUGCAGUACGAAGGUGUGGCUGUAAUGAAAAUGUUUGAUAAGGCUAAAGUGAACGUGAAUUUGCUCAUAUUCUUGUUGAAUAAGAAGUUCUAUGGAAAAUGAGUGUCUUCAACUAUCAUGGUCUGCAUUCAUCAGUGUGAAGUCUGUUCAGUAUUUUUUUUUUUUCCUUUUAAAUAUUCGUUUGGAGUUUGUCAUUGUAGACGCUUUAACUUUUAAAAAAACCUAAAACACCAAAUGUUCAAAGGAAUGUACACAGUGCCUUUCAGCACUGAAAAUGAAGCAGAAAAAUAGGAUAUAGAUUAAAUUAAAUAGUUCCAGAUUUCAUUGGUGUUGGUACUUUUAAAUCAAAAUAUUGUUUAGGACGCUCUGCUAUUGUGGUUGUAUGGAUUUUAAGGUAGGCAGAAAUUGAUUUUAGUUGAAUAUAUAAACCUCUUCCUAUUAAAACAUUUUUAAAUGACCUUGGAUAUAUAAUAUAGUUCUUAUUAGACUCUAAGUAUUUACUAAAAGAAAUCCUAAUUUGUCUCUAGGG